CGGGGCGGGCACGUGACGGCGGCGCGAUGGCGGACGAGGAGCGGGCGCUGCUGGGCGCCGAGGGCGGCUCGGGGGGGGGCCGCCCGCCGCCUGCCCGCCUGCCACCCGCGGCGCCUGGCGCACCGCCUGCUCGUCCUGGCGCUCAUGUGCUUCCUGGGCUUCGGCAGCUACUUCUGCUACGACAACCCGGCCGCCCUGCAGACGCAGGUCCAGGCGGAUAUGAAGGUGAACACGGCUCAGUUCAUGGCGCUCUAUGCCUGGUAUUCCUGGCCCAACGUGGUUCUUUGUUUCUUCGGAGGCUUUCUGAUAGACAGAGUGUUUGGAAUACGGUUGGGCACUAUCAUAUUUAGCAUCUUUGUUUGCGUUGGGCAGGUGAUCUUUGCCUUGGGAGCACUGCUUAAUGCUUUUUGGCUGAUGGAAGCAGGCAGAUUGGUGUUCGGAAUAGGUGGCGAAUCCCUAGCGGUGGCACAGAACACGUAUGCAGUCAGUUGGUUUAAAGGCAAAGAGCUAAAUCUUGUGUUUGGAUUACAACUGAGCAUGGCCAGAAUUGGGAGCACAGUGAACAUGAAUAUCUUGGGAUGGAUAUACUCCAGAGUUCAACAUCUUCUGGGGCACAGUGGUCACAGUACUCUUGGGCUAACUCUCAUGAUAGGUGGCAUAACGUGUCUCUUUUCACUGGGUUGUGCGCUAAUCCUUGCUUAUCUGGACAAGAGAGCAGAGAAACUCCUUUGCAAAGAGCAAGGGAAAACGGGUGAAGUGAUUAAGCUAACUGAUGUGAAGGACUUCUCUUUGUCACUGUGGCUUAUAUUUAUAAUCUGUGUCUGUUAUUACGGAGCAGUCUUUCCUUUCAUCGGACUUGGGAAGGUUUUCUUCAUUGAGAAAUUCCAAUUCUCAUCUCAAGAAGCAAGUGCAAUAGACAGCAUUGUGUAUAUUAUAUCAGCACCCAUGUCCCCUGUCUUUGGAUUCCUGGUGGAUAAAAUUGGAAAGAAUAUCAUAUGGGUCUUAUGUGCUGUGAUAACUACGCUUGCUUCUCACAUUAUGUUGGCGUUCACCUUCUGGAACCCCUGGAUAGCAAUGUGUUUACUAGGAGUGGCCUACUCCUUGCUUGCCUGUGCCCUGUGGCCCAUGGUGGCCUUCGUUGUUCCAGAACAUCAGCUGGGAACUGCUUAUGGCUUCAUGCAGUCUAUCCAGAAUCUCGGUCUGGCGAUUAUUUCUAUAGCAGCUGGGAUGAUUCUGGACACAAGAGGAUACUUGUUUCUUGAGGUCUUCUUCAGCGCUUGUGUUUGCUUGUCCCUGAUAGCUGUAGUCAUGCUGUAUUUUGUGAAUCAUCUCACAGGUGGUGAUCUUAACUGGUCUGCAAGGAAAAGGGAAAAACUGCAAAAAGUAGCUGCAACCGAAGCAGAAGAACAAGAGAGACUCAGACGUCAAAACGAAGAUGACUUGGCUAAAUUACGGCCAAAAGCUGAUGACUUUAGUUUCAGGAAUAAAUACCUCUCCAGACUAGGCGCUCAGCUACCAGACAAUUACUCUUCCUAUUUAUCGACAAUGGCACACAGAAGCGUGUUGAAAUAGCAUCUUGCCCCACUUGCAAAAGCAGAAACACAGUGAAGUUCCUGUACACAACUUUGUUUCCAGUACUGUGAACUAACGCUGCAGAAGCAGAAUCAUGAACCACAUUUUUCUGCAAGCACAGACCCUAUUUUUAAAGUAUUUGGCUUAAGCUCCCCUCUGCACCUUGAGGUACAUAGCACAGAUACUGAGGAAGAAUCACCUGGCUGUUUGAACCCGUGAGCAUGUGCUACACCAUCCUAAAAUACUCAGUGAGUAGCUCAACUCAAUAGCUAAGACUUGAUCUCCUCUCAGUAUACAACCACGGCUGAAGUGUGGAAGCUUUGCUGCAGUAACCAAGUUGCUGUGAAAUGAGUCGAUGUAGUCAUGGAAUGUUUAACUUCUCAAGUUGGACAGUUUUAUUGCCGUAUUGAAAACAAUCUGUUUCAUUUUUAUGGUAGAAAACGUGAGGGAAGACUACCUCUUAUUUUUGGUCUAAGCAAAUAUUUCUGAAGAAAACGAACUAUACAAUUCUAAUGCUUCUAUUCAAAAAGUACUAGCCCUGGAAUUUACCAUUAGAUCACAGACUUAGCAAUAACCUCAUGUAAGUGAAAUUUGAUGUAUUUAAGAGGUUGCUACUGAAAACUGUGGAAAGAGUUAAAGAACUGAGUUCUGGCGCUCUUGGGAAAAUGUUGUUACAUUUCAUCAUGAAAAUUCUGCUUUUUCCAUAAUUCCUGUGGCAGGCUUGUUCCUGAACAGAGCUAGUUUCUAGUAACUCCUGCGGAGUGCUUUACCAGAUUCUUUUAUCUUUGUUAACCAUAAAGCCUCACUUAUGUAAUUGGACAUAAGUUCUUACACUAAACUAAUCGCACUCUAAAAGGGAAGAGCAUCUGGCUUUCUUGAGCGCUGGCUGCACCGAGCAAAGAGCUGCUGUAUGCAGAGGUGCACAGGGGUGAGUGAGCUUUUCUUGGCUGACUUCAGGGAGUUCUUGUGUGCCCCAGUGCUUAAGAAAUUUAGACAAGUUGCUUGACUGGAGAGAAAAUAUUUUGUUAGAAUAAAAAUGUUAUAUUUAUAUUACUUUGCCUGCAGUAACUUAGCCCUUCUGCAACUCAUUGUUUUAAUUUUUUAUUUUUUUUUAAGGUAUGACUAAGCAGAGAUUUCUUUCAUGUUCAUAAAAGGCUAACAGGUUUAUGAAAGACUAAGCCAGGACUAUUUUGAUUAAUAGUAAUAUAUUCUGAAGAACAAUCUAGGAAAACAAAGUGGCAGAUUGAGCUUACUUCUGAACUGGAGCAGUACGCUGACCUGUGAGAACUCUUACUGGUGCUCUCUGUGCUCCCCUAGAGAACCAAACGCUAUCAUGGCUGAUUUUUGUUUGUAGACUUGUGAAUUAUGGAUCUCUUUUAAUAAAAGCUUUAAAUGGA